AUGGGUCAGUGUUGUUGCCUCCUUUAUGCUUACCUAUUUGAGGCGCCAGUAAUAAGGGUGCUGAUGCUGGGCUUGGAUAAUGGAGGAAAAAAGACAAUUCUGGCUCAACUCGGCAAUGUCAUCUCCUUUGAGCCGGUGAAGCACUUCCAGGUGGAUACUGUAGAUUACAAGGAACUCUACAUCAGGUCCUGGGACAUCGGUGGAUUUUGGCAACCCGAGGCUCUGUGGAGGCACUUUUAUCAAUAUACAGAAGGUGGGAACCAUUGGAACAAUACCUAA